ACAUUUAGCAAAUAACUUGCAUACACCAUAUUGUUAAAAAUCACGGAUCUCCUGUAGUUGGUGAUCGCAAUACUGGUAUACUUGUAUUGUGCACAAUACUGCCAUUACUGGUAUAAAAAUUUUGUACCAGUAUUGUAUUCCAGUAUUGUUCCCUUUCAGAUAACCAUAUACAUGUAAGUGAUGGCACAUGGUUCACAGUCAAGGGAAAACUGUAUACAAGAGAUAGCCAAGGUAUCAUUAAAUGAUACAUUUGAUCAAAAGGGUGCUGCACAUCAUAAAAUGUUACAAAAGCUUUGCAAAACUGAUGCUUUUUUCAAACAUCAGCAAAUAGGAGAACUUGAUCUUUGUGAAGAAGAAAAGUAUAAAAUUGCAGAUGAAAUUCUUAACAAAAGUAGGACCAAAUUUCUUGAAAGAUAUUGGAAAUAUCUUGGGAUAGAAGAUGUGGCAUGUUUUGCAAACUGCUCAGGCGAAUAUGAAAUUGACUUUUACUUGAAACAAAUAAAAAAAUCUAAAACUACUGAUUUUGAUAAAAAUAGAACUAAAAAUAGACGCUUGAAGGCAAUGCAGCAAUUGAUAUCCGAAGGAGACUAUUUUAGUGAAGAGGAAAUGAAAUAUCGAGACCCAUUCCUUUAUGAACAGCUGGUGGGACAAUAUUUGAAUGAUGAUGAAAUCAAUGAUAAGGUUGACAAAACUGAUUUGCGAUUUUCAACAGUGCUGUUUAAACAUAUUGACAUAUUACAUGAGCAUGAAGUCUAUCAGGACCAAAAGGAUACUGAGGAAGGUCAAAUGGAAGAAGGAGAAAGCAGUGAAGAUGAAGGAAGUGAUAUGGAAGAGGAAAGUGAGGACAAAAAAAAAAUGAUCCCUGAUGAACAGAAAGCUCAAUUUAGACAAGAAUUCCUGACAAUAAUGAAGGAGAGAUUUAUGUCUGGUCAGGAUGAACAUUUUAAUUAUAGUGAAGUUGAUAAUAAUACAGAAUAUGAUGAUCUAGAUAUUCUGCAAAAAGAUGAAGAAGAAAAAUAUUUUGAUGCAGAUGGUGGUGAUGAGAGAAAUUUUGACAAUGAUGAAGUUAAUGAUAUAGAUGUGGAGAAUGACAAUAUGGAUUGCAGCAUUCAUAAUGAAAAGUGUGUCAAAGUUUCAGGAAAACUUCAGAAUUACAAAGAAACUAUCAAUCAUGUCAAUAGUGUUUCUUUAACUUUGAAUAGUCAUACAAGUAACAAGUCUGACAUUGACGUCGGUAUCAAAGAAAAAAGAUAAUAAAAAAUGUAAAACUUG